CUCCGGCACAAUCAGCCUGGGGAUCGUAGCACUCAUAAUAGCGGUGAUUCUGAUAUUAUUUUCUCCUUAUCACAACCCCAACACAAAUCUAUAUCAAAUUACCCAUUUUUUAGAACUAAUGGUGGUAUUGCCACAGAGGCUUUACCCACUCGUCCUGUAUACCCUUUUUCCGGGCGUCCAUUUACAACUCUCAACACAGUAAAUCCGCCUUUACCAAAUUCACUUAGUACAUGUAACAUAAAUUCCCAUACAACUAAUAGUCCCCCAUUAAAUACGUCCGAUACUGUUGGAAUCUCCUCAUUACCAGGCUCUAACUCAAACAACUUUAUCAUGAGGCAUACCUCGGUUUCCUCCAAUUUAGGUAGUAUGAAUGAUAUGCUCAACGGCGACACAACCUCAUUAUUUAACUCAGCUAACUCGGCUAUUGCAGCCUCGCAUUUGAGUAAUAUUCAAAAUGAAUCUUAUCCCACAUCAGCUCUUCUCAAGAGUCUAGGUGUUGAUUCUAGUUCUGCCUCCAAUUUAGAUAGUGAUGGAGCCACCUGUGGGGCAUUUUCUUUGAAUCGGGUCGGCAGUUCAGGCAAUAAUGGUUCCUGUCUGCUGAAUGGUAUGAACAGACUGAUGAGCGAUGCCGGCUCUACAGACACGCCUUCAUCGCUUAGAGCAACACGUUCAGUACUCUCUAAUCCUGUCAACAUUGACAAUCAAAUUCGUCAUAUAAACCAUAGUACGGGGAGCCAAGCCUCUUCUCUGUUAAGCAAUGGCAAUUCCUAUCGUGUACACCUCCAGCAACUCGAUGCCUCGAAUACUGUACCACAGUUUCAGCAGUCUUCUCCACCGCGUCAGUCCCCCACAAUACCUUUUAAUAUACCUCUUUAUUCAUACUACUCGAAUGGUGCUCUCGAAGCAAAUCGUCAGCUUCAAGCCACUGGAUCACUCAAAUCUUUAUCUUGGCUGAUUAAUCCUCCUGCACCCGAGUCAGCAUCUCAUUUACGAACAGGAAGAAUUCAUGAAUUGAAAUCCAAAGCCAUUUCUGGUGGAGAUCAAUUUCAUGGAGCCAGUUAUAUUGAUUCUGAAUUAAGACAGGUUUGA